AUCCUAAACCAACACAACUUUGUUAGAUAUAUAUAUAUCGACCACCUCAGGUCUUGUUCUGUUUACGAUCUAUAAUCUCUCUACCGUGAAGCUAAGAAACAAGGAUACCUAGCAAGAGCUUUGUUUUUUACUCAAAGAGGAUUAAAGAUGCAAGCAAGGAUACCUAUAUUCGCAAUCUAUGCGAUUUCUGUACUCGUGUUGUUUCUUCUCUUCAUUGAAUCUCCAAAAUCUGUUGUUCCUGACAACAACUCACCGUUCAAACGAGGCUUGCCUCUCUCCAGAACCGCUGACCCCGUGACAAUGAGUAGUAGUAGUACCACAGUUGUGGACUCAAACCAUAACGAAGAGGAGGAGUUAGAUCCGUUGGUACCUCCUCGUAAAGCUGGCAAGAAAGAGAGAAUUGAAUGGUUCAGAAGAAAGCUACCUGAGCUGGAGAUACUGAAAUCGACUAGCAAGAGCAAGAGAUUCCAUUCAAGAGUUUUGGAUCUGUACAAGAAUAAUUGCUCUGCUCAGUUCUUUAUGGUUUGGCUUUCUCCUGCAAAAACCUUUGGACCAAGAGAGAUGUUAGCUGUUGACACUCUCUUCACCACCAAUCCUGGCGCAUGCUUGGCGAUUUUGUCCAACUCCUUAGACUCCCCUAGAGGAUACACCAUCCUUAAACCAUUGUUUGAUCGAGGCUUCAACCUUAUUGCUGUAACCAUAGAUAUCCCGUUCCUCGUCAAGAACACUCCUGCUGAAGCUUGGCUGAAAAGACUAAAGAGUGGCCGCAUGGAUCCUGGUUCUAUCCCCUUGUUCAUGAAUCUCUCUGACCUAACAAGACUGGCGGUGCUCUACAAAUACGGAGGAGUAUAUCUAGACACAGACAUCAUCUUCCUUGAUGAUAUAACAAGAUUGAGAAACGCUAUUGGAGCACAGAGCAUGGAUCCGAAAACAAAGACAUGGUCAAGACUAAACAAUGCAGUGAUGGUCUUUGACAUCUACCAUCCGCUUAUGCGAGAAUUCUUACACGAGUAUUCCACAACUUUCGACGGAAACAUAUGGGGACACAACAGCCCUUACCUAGUCUCUAGAGUCAUCACAAGAUUAGGAAACAAACCUGGAUACAACUUCACAAUCUUUCCACCAGAUGCUUUCUAUCCAGUGAAUUGGAUCAACAUGCCAAAGCUUUUCAAGAAACCAGCAACCAGAAAAGAAGUACAAUGGGUAGAGAAGACGGUACAGGACAUGAGCAAAGGGAGUUACAUGAUACAUCUAUGGAACAAAGUCACAAGGAAGACUAAGAUUGAAGAAGGAAGCGUCAUGUACAAUCUCAUCUCCACUCACUGCACAGUCUGCAAAAACAUCAAAAACUCUCAUAUACUGUCUAAACAGACACAAGGGUUCUAGUCUCAACUCACUGCACAGUCUACAGAAUCAUCACAAAUUUUCAUACUUUCUACGCAGUUACAAGGGUUCUUGUUUUUCAGAGAAGCUUCAUGUACAGUCUCGUCUCUACUCACUACACAGUUUACAGAAUCAUCACAGAUUCUCAUACUUUCUAAGCAGAAACAAGGAUUCUCGUUUUUCAAGGAAGCCUCAUGUACAUUCUCGUCUCCACU